AGGGUUGUGACAGUGUUGACUUGUUGCCAGGAGAACUUAAUCUUAUUUACUUGCUGCAAGGUAUCGCAUAGAUUCAACUGGCGACAGUGACAUAUAGCGUGCUGUCUACCUUGCUAGGACGAAGAGAAGCUCGUAACCAAUUCAGCAUUUUGUAGCAAAGUAAUUUCAAACCGUACUGGAUUUUAUAAGCAGCAUGACUUUUGAGGAGCUAAACGGAGAUUGCUCUGUCGAAAGGAUGGAUUCGGUGUCUAAAGCACUUGAGGAGGUCCUCAGUUCGGCAUUGCUCCAAGGGUGCAUUACAGUUGGAGUGUACGAAGCUGCAAAAUCGCUGAAUGUAGACCCUGACAACGUUGUGCUUUGCAUCCUCGCCACCGAUGACGAGGACGUCAAAGAUGUUGCCCUCCAGAUCCACUUCACCUUGAUCCAGGCUUUCUGCUGUGAGAAUGACAUCAACAUUCUGCGAGUAAACACCACGAGGCGCUUGGCCGAGAUUCUCGGUGGUGGAGGGAAACAAGGAGGGGAGCAAAUGGAUUUCCAUUGCGUCUUGGUUACUAGCCCACGUACAUCUACGGGAAAGAGCCAAGCACUGUGGACAGUGAAUCACUUUUGCCAAGAGAGCCGAUGCAUGGACCAGUGGGUACCCAUUAUUAACCUUCCAGAACGAUGAAGAAAGUUAAGCCCGAUAAGAGAACACUGUGGGGGGCAAAAUAUAAAAACAUAAGAAAACAUAGAAAUGCACUAAGAAGGAUCUGCCCCAGUGCAGAUCUAGGUACCUGAGCACUGCAUGGCUUGGAGGAAGGGAGUCUGUCUCCAGCAAACUGUGAAGGUGAUUCAGCAAGUUUUUGUUUUUGCUUUCAAGCCUGUGAGGAGAUGGUAAAACAUUGGGGACAGUGGACUCAAGAAAAACAGUGAUUACUGAAAGGAAUCAUGAACUCAGGUGAACGCCAUAGCUCCCUAAGAAUGAUUUUUGUCUGAGGAAGCAUCAUCCGACAUUUCUGUUUAGGGUAAAACCCGUGAUCCCACCUCUGAGAGAGGACAGGGCUGCUGGAAGCAAAAGCCUUUUGGAAAUUGCUGUUCUGUUUUUCUCACAACUCUUACUGUUCAUUUGAAGUGUUGCUAAUGUUGUAUUAUUAUUGUUCAACUAUUUAUAAAAAGGGAAGAGCUACCAAACAUGUAAAGAGAAGGAACUUUACUUCCACACUUUCCCAUAUAAGUUGUUUUUAUAAUUGUUCAUUUUAUAGUCUUUAAUAUUAUAUCCUUAUAUUAAUUUAAAAGGUGUAUUUAUAUUAACUUUUUAUACUUUAUACCAAUGCACCUAUGAUGUGUUUUUGAUGCAAUAAAGUAUAUUUUGGAAACUGCAAA